AUGCCUGGAUCUACUCACGAAAUAGAAAAGGGCGGCGAGCCUAAGCUCCCGUCCCAAGACAUUGCCUAUCCAGACAUGAAGAAGCGCGUGCUCAUCAUGCUCUCUGGCUAUCUGGCCAUCUUUCUCAUCACUCUGGAUCAAAACAUCAUUUCUACAGCUAUUCCCCGAAUCACCGACGAGUUCCACUCCAUCGAUGACAUUGGCUGGUACGGCACCGGCUACCUACUCACCAUGUGCACAUUUCAGUUGCUCAUGGGCAAGGUGUACAAACACUAUCCCGUCAAGCCUCUCUUUAUCGGUGGUAUUGCCUUUUUUGAAAUUGGAUCGGCAAUAUGCGGCGCCGCGCCGUCCUCGGCCGUCCUCAUCUUUGGCCGAGCCGUCGCGGGCUUUGGCGCAUCGGGCAUGAUGUCCGGCGUCAUGGUCAUCAUGUUUCACACGAUCCCCGUGCAGCAGAGGCCCGCAUGGCAGGGCCUGUUUGGCAUUGUAUUCGCUAUCGGAUCUGUCAUUGGCCCUCUUGUCGGCGGCGCACUAACUAACAACGUCACCUGGCGCUGGUGCUUCUAUCUCAAUCUCCCCGUGGGGGCCGUCUCCAUCCUAGUUAUCUUGCUCAUCCUACAUAUCCCGAACCAGAAGCUGGAGAAGCCCGCGGACACUAUUGUGGGCAAAGUUCUGCAGCUUGAUGUCUUUGGCAACUUGGUCUUCUUCCCGGGCAUCAUCUGCCUGGUGCUUGCGCUGCAGUGGGGAGGCACCAAGUAUGUUUGGGCCGAUGGUCGAAUCAUCGCUCUACUUGUCGUUUUUGCCGUCUUUUUUCUCGCCUUUAUUGCUGUGCAAGUCUGGAAACAGGAAGAUGGAACUGUCCCACCGCGCAUUGUCAAGAACCGAAGUGUCCUGGCCGGCCUAUGGUACGCGCUGCUAAAUGGCGCGGGCAUGAUGUCUGUCAUGUAUUACCUGCCGAUUUACUUCCAAGCUAUCAAAGGUGUCGAUGCUGUAACAUCGGGAGUCAUGCUGUUGCCGACGGUGCUUUCCACGGUCCUAUCGUCCGUCGUAUCAGGCAUCCUGGUUACCAAGCUUGGAUACUACGCGCCAUUCUUCAUCCUCAGUUCCCUGUUUAUGCCCAUUGGUGCUGGUCUCUUCACCACACUGACUGUGGAGUCUGGCAAAGCACAAUGGAUUGGGUACCAGAUUAUCUUCGGCCUUGGUGUUGGUUUUGGAAUGCAGCAGCCAUUAAAUGUUGUACAAACCGUUUUGGAUAGAGCCGAUAUUGCGACCGGCGCUGCCUUGGUGGCAUUCCUGCGAUUUCUGUCAUCCGCUAUCUGUCUCCCCAUCGCAGAGAAUGUCUUUCUGAAUCGCCUCGUGGCAGAUCUAAGCAAUCUGCCUUCGGUUCACCCUGAAGAUGUUAUCAAAGGUGGUUUAACCGAGCUGCGACAUCUCGUCUCAGCCGAGGAUCUACCCAUGUUACUGCGCGACUAUAAUGGCGCUGUCGUGAAUGUGUUUUACAUUGUGGUCAUAACAUCUUGCUUGACAGCUAUGUCGUCAUUACUGGUGGAAUGGAAGACAGUCAAGCCCAAAAAAUAAAUACAAGUACAUAGAUAGAAUAAUCUUGCUCGUUAAAAAAAAUCUCCUAUAAUUCUACACCUACUCUGAGGUCAGAACCAGGUUGAUUGAUGCCAGGUACGCGUGUUCCGGGUAGCUCCGGAACGUCAUUCCCGCCUUGGAACCAAUCUUAGGCUUAGUUGGUAGACCCGAGUAGAAAAUGAUUUCCUGUCAUUUAAUAGUAAUCACAAACCUAUCCAUAUAUUUUGGGGGAUCUGCUAUCUAAUAUCUGCUAUCUCGCUAUAUCGGGUAUCGUUCGAUGCAUUGGCCGAUCGACGUCGGGGACUAGCACGUGUAAAUGUCCCGAG